AUGUCUCUGUCCUCGCUGUUGUCUACAAGAUACGAGAACUACAUUCUGGUUGUUUUCAUGAUCAAAAAGUCCUUAAAUCCAGCAAUUGGUAACUUGAGUGCUUACCUUCUAUUUUCGGUUGCUUUGUGCGUUGUAUGCGUGAGAUUGUACUUUUUCUUCCUUUCAGAUCGUUUCCGAGCGAUAGCUUAUCCCUAUGAGCCCCGCAUAUCAAUUUAUCAGGUCCGUUUUAUUAUCGCUGUGGUGUGGCUGAUUGCAUUUCUAGUUGGCCUUCCUAUUCUCGCCGUCAUGCAUUUACAGGAGACCAAAGGUGGUCCCUUAUGUUCAGAGGGUGGCUGGCCUAGUGAGACAUUUCGAGACGUAUAUACUGUGUUAUCAUUUUGCCUAACGUACGCUAUACCGUUGCCUACGAUAGCCGUGUUAUAUACGGUUAUUGUAAUGAAGCUUAACAAAGCAGCAAGGGAAACUUCCGACAGUGAGGGAUUUAGGACAGCAAAAGCCAAAGGGAAGGUGGUACGAAUGUUGAUAGUCGUGGUGGUCUUCUACUUCCUGUGUUUUUUGCCAUACCAUAUCACAUACCUGUGGUAUGAAUUUGGAGAUGGGAGGGAAUAUAAGGGAAUCUGGAUUUUGAUGUCCUAUUGCCACGUGUUGGUGUACUCUAACAGUGCAGUGAAUCCCGUAUUGUACGGUUUUCUAAGUGACCAGUUUCGUAGAGGAUUCGCCCGCCUUGUGCCGUGCUGUCGAAUCUGGGGUAAAGAUUCCAAGUCCUCAAGGUCAUUGUACACACAAACUUCUUAUCAUAGAACUACUGUCUGUAUGUCAGAUGUUUAGCUUGCUUGUGAGUCAAACUCCAACAUAGAUAAGUUUACGAUCACUUCUAAUUUCACAUAUCAGUACUUCGGUGAAAGCUGAAGAAGAUUCGUAGUUGCUAAAUCUGUCAUUUAGAAUUUUAAAAGCUUGAUUUUAUGAAUGUAUGUUAAGCAUCUCGUAAAGCAUUUGAGGUAAGUUUUGGGCUUUUGUUUUGUGAUUAAGCCAGUUCUCUUUCUUGUACUGAAGGGUUGACAGUGCCACCUAGUCGACUGCUUACGAUCUCCAAAGGAAACAAACUAAUUACACAAAGACUUGAUUUGAAUAUUUUGUCAUACUGUGUUUUUUUCAUGCUUUUCCUAAAACGACUAUAAUUACCUUUAAAGCAUGCAACAUUCAUUUUCCAUGUAUAAUCAUACGAAGGAUGUUUUUUAGAGCUAGAAAGAAAAACCCACUCAUUGAAUUACAAAAUGUUUGCUAAGCCGUGAAUAAGCUAGCUUGAAUAGUAACACAUUUCAGUAUUUUUAAAUCUUAUUACUGCAUGAGUACCAUUGAUUCAAUAUCACUUUCUUAGGAAUCUAAAACAAUUUUGAACUUUCAUCUUCGAAAAGAAGUGUUUUAAGAAGGAAAUUUAAAGUAACAGAGCCAGCUAAAUCUUAACUAUGAGAUAUAUGAUAUCGGUUGGGUUAGGGUUAGGGUUUUCAUGUGCUGUAAGUAAUUUUCUAAAGUUCAAAAAGGGUUACUUGAGAACCAUUACGCAGGCUAUCCGAAGCUCUGAAGUUUGAAGAACGUAGACAAAAAACCCUGCGUUUUAGUGAACUUAGCAUUUUCAUCCUGUUGUGUCCCAUGUACUUAUAACAUAAAGUGGGAAACGCUUUGUGGGGAAUACCGAUGUUGCUUACUGCAAUUAAAAAAACCGAAACACUUCCUGAAAGUUUAGCUAAAGGAGAACUUGGAACAGCAGACGAAAAACUGACCUCAAGGGAAAUCAUUAAUCAUUCUCCCAAGUGUCUCCUUGUGAUAAAAUUAUUAAAUUAUCAAUUAAAUAAAAGAAAAAAAAGAGGUGUUUUCUUCUUCUUUGCAUUGUUAUACCAAUACGUCAUUGAGCUCAUACGUGCAUACGCUCAUACAUGCAAACGUUUUACGUCAUUCACUGGGUAUGCAUUCGCCAGCGCCGUUUCAAACAUCACAGGUGAGCGAAGUACAGUUUCCCAGUCAAUUUUCGUCUGGAUAUGAAGAUCAGUGCAAGAUGGAGGAUUAAAAGGGCACCAGGCUCCGUUUCUUAUUGUGUGCGUUCAUUCCCAGUCCUGCAAAGUGAUGCAAGCCCCCUUGGAUAUAGGUGUUAUUGAAAUUUAACGUAAAGAGAAUUUUUUUUCUCUUUGCCGACAUCUGAGUGCGAAGCCUUAUAAUAUACUCAUUGAGUCUAUAGCCCUUCAAUGUGAGGCAGCGUUGCUUAAGUGUCUGCUAACUGUUACAGCAAUAACAGUUCAUAAGUUGAUCUUUAUCUCAUGUCUGAUUUUAAAUCCAGUUGACAAAAUAAAACAUUUCCUUCGUAUAAGAAAUAAUUAAGUUACACCUGCUGACUUCUCACGGAAUAGAAGGGUAUAUGAGUCAGUCUCAUGAGUAGAACCUUUUGCCAACAGUAAUUUGCUAACGAUGUUUCUCCGUUCAGGUUUACGUACGGGUCUCCACGGGAGUGUCUGCCUUACCCAGUUUCUCUGGUCCCUUGGUGUCAGAAGAAGCCUAGCACAUCAUGUGAUGAAGAUGU